UUGUAGCUACCAAACUGGCACAUUUAUUUAUCAAAUCAUAUUCAUCUUGUGUCAGGAGGCUUAAAGGGACUUUUUGAAAUUCUUAGAUUUAUUCAAAUCCAUGUAUAAAGUGAAACCCUGUCAUCAUAUCUACAUAAAUCAAAACAUUCAUUUCCGGGUUGAGCCAGAUUUCAGGUAAUACUGCACAGCGGAAUUACAAACGAUAAAACUCUUUCGGGAAUUCGAGCAAAACCUUGUCUCUUGGACGAAAAACUGACAAAGAACCACUUAUGUCAUGAUGUUUGAUUGAUUCAUUAUCGUGCAAGAAUCUUGUAUCGACKCUGCAUCGUAUGUGAACGAGGAACAGUAUUCAGUGCAAUAAGAUUUCGUCACGACUGGACUCGGUACAAAGGAAGCCCAAUUUGAUAUACUGAAGACUUUAAAGAGACGACAUGAAAUGGUCGAAGGCAUAUUCUAUCGGUGAAUCAAAACUAGAAGCUGGUGAGACUAGAGAUGCAAUAAGAUACUUUAAAAAGGCCCUGAUGAUUGCACAGAAGAAUGCCUCUAAACAGGAAGAAACUGUCACGCUAGCAAAACUGGCUGACGUUUACCGUGAUAUAGAAAAUUAUCACGAGGCUGCUGAUUACUAUGAGAAGGGACUGGAAAUAGUACAAGAGACUGGUGACAAGAAACUAGAGUCUGUGAUAUGUUGUAACACUGGCACUGCGUGUCGUAAACUGGGAGAUUAUGAAAAGUGUAUGGUGUAUUCAAAACAAGGCUUCAAUGUUGCAUUAAGAAUCGGUGACUCUAGACUCACUGCAGAUUCUUAUGAAGGUCUUGGUCGUGCUUACAAUGCCCUGUGUGACUAUCAAAAUAGUAUUAAGUGCUAUAAAAAAGCUGUUGAUAGGUACAAACAACUGAAUAAUGAAGAAGGAUUAGGGUGUUGUUAUGCAAACAUGUCAUUAUCAUAUCAGAUGCAAGGAAAGUACCAUGAUGCAAUUCGUCUAUUAGAGGAGAGUCUCAGGAUAAGUGUUAAAAUUGGAAGAAAACAAAACCAGGCGAGUGACUUACUUAACUUGGGGUCAAUAUACACAACGUUGAAUGAUUAUGAUAAGGCCAUCGAGAUGUUCCAGAAAAGUCUUGCUAUCAGUAUAGAGAUCGGUAAUAAACGUCUUCAAGCAAAAUGUUAUGGUAGCCAGGGAAAUGUUUUGUUUCAUUAUUGUGAAAAAUAUUCAGAAGCCAUUAUGUAUUAUCAGAAAUGCUUAGACAUUUCAAAAGAAAUCGAUGAUAAACAAUCACAAUCGGUCGCCUUAUUAAAGAGCAUAUGACACGAAAACAGUUUUUUGUCCAGUGAAAGAACGGUAUUUGAAAACCCUAAAUCUAAAAUAUUUUUCAAUUCUGAUAAAAACCUGUCAAGUUACAGCUAUUUGAAAUUAGCAAUUUUCCUCUGAUUUUUGUCCCAUUUUGGGGGACUGGAUACUAGCGUUGUGACGUCAUUUUGUUGGCUUAGUAUUUCUGCACUCCACAAUCUUCUCUUUGCGCCAGUAAAACCUCUUUCGAAUA